UCAUCAACAUGAUAACUUCAUAUCCUACAACAACUAGUCCCAUAACCUCCGUGGAUUGCCAAAAACAAGUGCGUUCGUGGAGGUUUCUUCGUUCACUUAUGAAACUUCUUAUUCCUCGAUGCAAUUGCAUCUUCGUUGAAGAAGAAAAUGAUGAUACAAAACACAUACCCUACUUCAAACACAACUCCUCCUCAUCAUCAUCAUCAUCUCUCACUAUUACAGGCACAAUCUUUGGUUCGCGUAAAGGAAAAGUCAACUUUUGUAUCCAGUCAAACCCUAAUUCCACAAACCCUAUUCUUCUUCUUGAACUCGCGCUUUCAACUUCUUCACUUGCUCGUGAAAUGCAAAAGGGAAUAGUGAGAAUCGCGCUUGAGAGUAAAACAAACGAUUACUCCUCUUCUUCUUCUUCCUCCGCGUCUCUUUUGUCUAUGCCAAUAUGGAGGAUGUAUUGUAAUGGAAAGAAAGUAGGGUUAGCAGUUAAAAGAAAACCUACAAAAGUUAAUUUGCAAGUUUUGAGACAAAUGCAGUCAAUUAUUGUUGGAGCUGGAAUUAUUCAUGGGAAAAAAGGAGUUGUAAAAAAAGAUAAUGAUAAUGAUGAUGAUUUAAUGUAUUUAAGAGGAAAAUUUGAAAGAGUUCAUGGAUUUAAUGACUCAGAGUCUUUUCAUUUGGUUGAUCCUGAAGAAAAUAUGGGUCAAGAGCUAAGCAUUUUCUUUCUACGCUCUCUUAAUUAAAAUUAGCAUCUCCGACAUGUGUUGCAGUAGGAUGGUUGCUCUCUAUGUUUAAUUAGGUCUCUCAGGCUCGAGUCUUCGAGAAUGAAAAUGGACACUGUAAUACGCGAAUCUAAAGUUAAUUGAGCGUAAUACAGAUAUCGAACACCGGACGAGAAGCCAAAUGAAAAAUUAAUUAGCAUCUAAUUAGUAGUGGUGUUCUUCUUCUUCUUUUUUCAUUUUCUAUUUGGUUCUAGGACCUUUUUUUAGUGGUUAUGUAAACAGACCCUUUACUAUGCAUUGUAAUAUCUAAAAUGUGAAAUUUAAUUGGA